AUGACUACUACAAGUACCCUCACCAGUAUGGUAAACCAAGAGCUGAACGGCUUUGUCAACGCAACAGUUACAUUUCGAGUUCGAGCUGAGACAAAUUUGGGGGAUCAUGUCUACCUCGUGGGAAGCGGGGCCUCCCUGGGGUCUUGGAAGCCACAGGCAGGCAUCGCACUCCGCACGCAUGAGGAGGCCUACCCUCUCUGGUGGACGACGAUCCAGAUCCCCCUAGACAGCCGGUUGAAGCAGAGCAUCAUGAUGGAGUACAAGUUCGUGAUCCGCCGCAAUGAAGGGCAGAUGGACUGGGAAGACGGCGCAAAUCGAGUACUUCCGCUCUCCUUGAGACCCGAUGGAAACUUGGAGAGCACCCCCCCAGAGAUGGCCGUCUUCGGCGAAAAUCGUGAUGAGAGGCUACAGUCCCCUACCCUAGUCCCUGUCAUGACGACGAGCACCUGCUUGGCGGACCUGAACUCUGAUAGCCCUGAUGAUAUGUCUCAGUCUUCUUCCGACAGCUCACCUCAACCUGUCAAAGUGGCAAGUUCGAUUCCGAAAGCGAAAGCGAAAAGUUCUCCAUACAGUCCCUUCAAUCCAAUUGCAAGACCUUCACCCAGACCUUCAACAAGACCUUCACCUACGCCUUCCUCCGUGGAAAAUUCACCAACGCCUCUCAAGAUUGUGAGGGUGCCCAGCAAGCCGGUGAGCCGGCCCAAGCCCAACAAGAGCCCCUCCGUUGAGGUGGACAACCAAGUUGCUAGCAAGGGCAAGUCUCCACAGGCUCCAGUGGCGAAGUCGCCACAACCCGCCCCAGUGGCAAAGUCACCGACGGUUGAGGAAGUGGCGAAGCCACCGCAAGACAAGAAGGAGACAACGGCCCAAGUCGUCAAAGAAACGCCGCCAGCUGUCAAAACCGAGCGACCACCCCAAGUUGCUAAAGUGGAAAGUGUGCCAGAGCCUGUCAAAGUGACCAGCUCUCUUGAGGACGUGAAAGUGGAAAGUGCCAAGAUCAUUCCUGUCAGCCCGCAGGUGCUCAAGCCUCAGUCCAUCAAGCCCAUCAACCCGCGUUACCUCUUUAAUGCCGGAGCCCAUCGUCUUGCCAAGCCAGCUGGACGCUGUGAAGAUGCCUUCUUCUUCAGCACGAACGCAGCCGGUGUCGCAGAUGGGGUGGGCCAGAUGGAACAAUUCAAAGAGUACGGAGUCGACGCCGCCGCCUACUCCGACGAAAUCAUGCGUCUCAGCGCAGAAUACAUGCACGAGAAUCCUACGGGCAGCCCAGCCGCAGCUAUGGCCUCGGCCGAGCAGGGCGCAAAGUCUUUUGGCGCCACCACGGCCUUGGUCAUGGCCCUGGAAGGCCAGAUCGUUCGCGUGGCCAACUUAGGAGACAGCGGCUUCAUGCACCUCCGACCCAAAGAUUGGGGGAUGGAAAUCGUCCA